AUCACCUGCAGCUUUUGUGUUUAACCACAAAGAAACUGAUCCAGUGUCUGUUUCUGGGUGCUUUAUUUUGCUCACUCUGACAUCAGCAGUUUGUAAUCUGGUGGAAAUGGCUCCACUUAAGCAGCAUGUUAGAUUUAUGCUGUGCUGGUAGCUCUUGUAAGGUUUUAUUUCUUCAUAUUUCAGUCUGCGAUCUAUAUGAACGAGCAUCAUCCUAAACGAGGACCCAAAUGGAAUGUUUUGGGAAGUGUGUUUGCGGGCUUUAGGACCCAGAAGCUGGGGUUGGGCCUAACCCGUCUCCCUCCUGCAGGAGCCAGCUCAGACACCAGCACAGUGCAGGGCCGCUGCUCAUCUGAUGCACUUGCAGGCAGACCAAGCCUGGUUGUGUCUUUUUUUUUUUGUCUUACCCACUCAUCGAACGGCAGGAUCAGCACCCCACCCGCACCCCCACCUUUAGGGGUGAAGCUCCUGAGGACUUUCUGGCAGCUUCAGAGAGGGGGACGGGAUUAUUUUGGGAGAGUUGACUUGUGCUGUGGAAAUGUGGUGAGGGGUUGUGUGAGGACAUGGAGAAGAAACAGGAGAUUCUCCGGCAGCAUCACUGAAACCCCCCCACUCACCCCCCUCCUGUCUGGUCUCCCAACACGCUCCUUCAGUUAAGAGCAGGCUAGGAGACAUUCAGUGACUAGGAGACAUGUCCCAGACUAGAAGGAGCACAUACACCCGGACCACCAGCAGCAGGAUGAGCUCUGAUGGGGGCGGGCGGCCUGCCAAAGUGGGCUCCCUAGUGGAGGUGAUAGGGAAGGGUCAGCGCGGCACCGUGGCCUACGUCGGCAACACGCUUUUUGCUUCUGGGAAGUGGGUGGGAAUCAUCCUGGACGAGCCCAAAGGGAAGAACGAUGGCACCGUGCAGGGCAAGCGCUACUUCACCUGUGAAGAGAAUCAGGGCAUUUUUGUGAGGCAGUCACAGAAGGACCUGUAUCUGGUAUCCUCCCCUGGUGUUGUGAUCCACCUGGUUGAUGAUGGAGCCGACACGUCUCCAGAAACACCCGAAGCCACCACUGGGAAGGUCCCCAAACGAGACAUCCCAGAGACGACCAGAUCAGCCAAAAUGCGAGGACUAAAGCCCAAAAAGACUCCUGCACCCCGGAAGACCACGGCCAGAAGGCCCAAGCCGCCCAGCCGUCCUGUGGGCGGAGGAGGAAAAGGACCUGCGUCCGGCUCGGCCUCUGCUGGAGAGAUGAGCAGCAGUGAGCCCAGUACUCCAGCCCAGACCCCCCUGGCUGCUCCGGUCAUCCCAACCCUCCACUCCCCUGGAAGCUCUCCGGCUCCCGUUCCCAGCAAGGAGGACGUUGUCAUGGAGACACAGGAGGAGGAGGCGCUCCGAGCUCAGGUGAAGGACCUGGAGGAGAAGCUGGAGACACUGAAGAUGAAGAGGACGGAGGACAAAGCCAAACUGAAGGAGCUGGAGAAGCACAAGAUCCAGCUGGAGCAGCUGCAGGAGUGGAAGACCAAGAUGCAGGAGCAGCAGGCUGAACUUCAGAAGCAGCUCAAGGAGGCCAAGAGGGAGGCCAAAGAAGCUCUGGAGGCCAAAGAGCGCUACAUGGAGGAGAUGUCCGACACGGCGGACGCAAUCGAGAUGGCCACCCUGGAUAAGGAGAUGGCUGAGGAGCGAGCCGAGUCCCUGCAGCUGGAGGUGGACUCCCUAAAGGAGAGGGUGGAUGAGCUCACCAUGGACCUGGAGAUCCUCAAGCAUGAGAUAGAGGAGAAAGGUUCAGAUGGAGCUGCCUCCAGUUACCACUUGAAGCAGCUGGAGGAGCAGAACAGCAGGCUGAAGGAGGCUCUGGUCAGGAUGCGGGAUCUGUCUGCAUCUGAGAAGCAAGAACACGUGAAGUUACAGAAGCAGAUGGAGAAGAAAAACAUGGAGCUGGAUUCUCUGAGGAGCCAGAAAGAAAAACUCCAGGAAGAGAUGUCAGCAGCAGAGAGGACCAUCGACGAGCUGAAGGAGCAGGUGGAUGCAGCUUUAGGGGCGGAGGAGAUGGUGGAGACUCUGACAGAGAGGAACCUGGACCUGGAAGAAAAAGUCAGGGAGCUAAGGGAGACCGUCACUGACCUGGAAGCUAUAAACGAGAUGAACGACGAGCUGCAGGAGAACGCCAGGGAGACGGAGCUGGAGCUCAGAGAGAUGCUGGACCUGGGGGCGGUGAGAGUCCGAGAGGCUGAGAAACGAGUGGAAGCAGCUCAGGAGACAGUGGCAGAUUACCAACAGACCAUUAAGAAGUACCGUGAGGUCACAGCUCACCUGCAGGAGGUGAACAGAGAGCUGACCAGCCAGCAGGAAGCCUCAGCAGAGCUGCAGCAGCAGCAGACGCCAGCUGAGAUGUUUGAUUUUAAGAUUAAGUUUGCAGAGACGAAGGCUUAUGCCAAGGCCAUUGAGAUGGAGCUGAGGAAGAUGGAGGUGGUCCAGGCGAACAGACACGUCUCUCUCCUCACCUCCUUCAUGCCUGAGUCCUUCCUCCGUCACGGGGGAGACCACGACUGCAUCCUGGUGCUGCUGCUCGUCCCCAGGCUCAUCUGCAAGGCUGAGCUGAUCAGCAAGCAGGCGCAGGAGAAGUUUGACCUGAAUGGAAACUGCUUGGAGCGAGCCGGUCUGAAGGGAGCCGUCGGUGAGCAGCUGAGCUUCGCUGCUGGUCUAGUUUACUCUCUCAGCCUGCUGCAGGCCACGCUUCACAAAUACGAGCAAGCGAUGGGUCAGUGCAGCGUGGAGGUCUACAAGAAGGUAGGUUCUCUGUAUCCUGAGAUGAGCGUUCAUGAGCGAUCUCUGGACUUCCUCAUCGACCUGCUGCACAAAGACCAGCUGGAUGAGACGGUCAAUGUGGAGCUGCUCACCAAGGCCAUCAAGUACUAUCAGCACCUGUACAGCAUCCACCUGGUGGAUCAGAGCGAGGACUGCACCAUGCUGCUAGCCGACCACAUCAGGUUUACCCAGAGUGCUUUGGACUGCAUGGCGGUGGAGGUGGGCCGCCUGCGGGCGUUCCUACACGCAGCUCAGGAAAAGGCUGACUUUGCCGUGCUGCUGAAGGAUCUGGAGACAUCCUGCAGCGACAUCCGACAGUUCUGUAAGAAGAUCCGUCGCAGAAUGCCUGGAACCGAUGCUCCGGGCAUCCCAGCAGCACUCAACUUUGGACAGCAGGUGUGUGACACACUCUCAGACUGCAGGAAGCACCUGACCUGGGUGGUGGCAGUGCUGCAGGAGGUGGCUGCAGCCGGAGCUCAGAUGAUGUCUCCACUCGGCGAGCAGGAGGGACUGUCGGCAGUCAAGCUGGAGGACGUAGCUUUCAAGGCUGGAGAACAAAUUUAUGGAUCUCAGGGUGCCAACCCCUACGAGUGUCUGAGACAGUCCUGUAGCAUCGUCAUAGCAACCAUGAAUAAGAUGGCAACUGCCAUGCAGGAGGGAGAGUAUGAUUCAGAGAGGCCCCAAAGCAAGAACCCCCCACCAGUGGACGUGCGGGCAGCGGCUCUUCGAGCAGAGAUCACGGAUGCAGAAGGUCUCGGCCUAAAGCUGGAGGACAGAGAGACAGUCAUCAAAGAGCUGAAGAAGUCUCUGAAGAUAAAGGGAGAGGAGCUGAGUGAGGCGAACGUCCGUCUCAGUCUGCUGGAAAAGAAGCUGGACAGCUCGUCCAAAGAUGCAGACGAGCGCGUUGAGAAGAUUCAGACUCGUCUGGACGAAGCUCAGACUCUGCUGAAGAAGAAAGAGAAGGACUUUGAGGAGACAAUGGACGCGCUGCAGGCGGAUAUCGACCAACUGGAGUCAGAGAAGACUGAACUGAAACAGAGAAUCAACAGCCAGUCAAAGAUGACCAUCGACGGGGUGAGAGGAAGUGGAUCAUCGGGAAUCGCUUCCAUCGUCACGGGAAUAGCAGGAGCCAACAUGGUACCUGGAGUCGGUACCGGAUCAGGAGUUCAGGUGAUCGACUCUCCCCUGCUGACUCAGCAGAUUGAAGCUCAGAGACUCUGCAUCAAACACCUGAAGAAUGAAAACAACCGACUGAAGGCUGAGAAGAUGCGCGCUCAGCUGGCCGCUCUGCCACCCCUCACUUUGACUAAACUACCCUCCAAGGAUAAACGACCUGAAGUGCUCUCCAGCGCCCUCUACCGCAAGACCGACCAGCUCCUGGAAACUCUGUUGCAGAUGAGCGCAAACACCAAGGUGGUGGACGUCACGGGAAAAUGUCCAGUAACUCCUGGGGCUCAGCUGCUGGAACAAACAGCUCGACUUCAGUCCCUGAGAGAGACUCUGGACAGGCUGAAGGACGAGGUAGCAGAGCAUGUGGUCAACCUGCAGCCUGGAGCUCGAGUCUCGUCUGACUUUGCAACGUUUCCUUCAGCCUCGUUUGUUAAGGCAAACGAGGAGAAGCAUGUCGACACGGUGCUGGUGGGACGGGUCAUGCUGCCGUGUCCCCGCGGCCAGGAGCAGGUCCACCGUCUCCUUCUGUCUCAGACUCAGCUUCAGAGAAUUCACAGUCUGCUGCAGACCUAAACUUCAGCUGAGUUGCCGUCCACCCUACAGCAGCAGAGACACCCCCACCCUCCACCUUCAGGUCUAAAUAAAUCACACUAGGAUGUACUUAAUGUCUCCUGGGAUUACAAACUCCAUACCAGUAAUUUAACCUGGACUGGACUCUGAUUCAUGCUGGUUUUACACGCUAGCUUCCCAUAAUGUCUGAUCCUUCUCAGAUUUAAGCUUCUUCCUGUAAGUGUGGAGAUAAGUUUGGGCCUGACCGACAUCCAGGUAGAUUCACUAUAAAUUAGGAUUUUAUCAGCUAAUGUUUUUGUUUCUAAAUCAGGAAACAGCUUUUCUAUGGAAGCGUUGCAUAAAUCUCACAACUGCAGUGGUUUAAUGGCAUUUCUUUACCAUUCAGAUGCUUUCUUCUAAAUUAGAUCAUUUUCCCAGUGUUGGGAUUAAUGUGGAAAUGUUCAGAAAUAAAUAACUAAAUUAGAAAAAAAGUCAAAAAUAGGCCAGUUUUUAAAAAUCCAGAACUGAACUGUAUUUGUUUUUAUUGUAACUGAGGGUUCUGCUUGUUUUACUGAGUAGGGCCUUUACUGCAGGACUUCCUUUAGCCUUUCACAAUAAGAGUCUCAAAUACACACAUAUACCUUAAAUACGCUCAUUUAGUUUUUUAUUCCCUUUUCUGACUCAAACGAGCGUUUCUCCCGCGUGGCCCUGAUUAGUCUGUAAAAUUCCACCUUAAAGGCAUGACUUGAUCAAAGCUGUACUUCAGACAAAAACCUGCUGUAAACUGGAGUGGAUAGAGAUAGACGUGAAUACUAGCGGACUGCUGCAUACAUUACCCCCCCGACCCCACUGCUGGUUCUUUUUAACUGGAUUCGCUUAAAGGAAGAUGAUGUUCGAUUUACUCCCUUUGUUCAGAUGUUUGAUCUUUGAACCCUAAGAGGUCAUGUGACCUGGUCCGGUUUAGUAAAAAUUGUCAGAUCCACUAGUUUAAUCACAAGCUGCAGAUCCUUACUACGUGUCUAAGUGAAGUUCUGCUCAGAUUCUGAUGGACCCGGUCCCAGCCUUAGAUUUGUCUCCUGCCUUCGUCUGGAUCCAGCUCAACAUCACAACUAAAAUGUUUUUGCCAAAGACGUUUUGUUUCUCUUCACCGCACGGCCCUUUAGUUUGUUUUAUUUUAACAUUUGCACAAAUCUGUCAUGAACUUGAAUCUUUAUUUAUUCAUUUAUGAGCAUAGUGCAUUAACUAUUAUAUAAAAGGAGGGAACGCUGACAAAUGUUGUGUAUUUAUUGUGCUAUCUUGUUGAACUACCUGCUGUUGCACAACCAGUAACUGAGAAUAAACCAUUAAAACCAG